AUGGACGUGGACGUGGACAUGGACGUGGACAUGGACGUGGAUGUGGACGUGGACGUGGACAUGGACGUGGACGUGGACGUGGACGUGGACAUGGACGUGGACGUGGACGUGGAGGACUUGGACGUGGACAUGGACGUGGACGUGGACGUGGACGUGGAGGUGGACGUGGACGUGGACGUGGACGUGGAUAUGGACGUGGACGUGGACGUAGACGUGGACAUGGACGUGGACAUGGACAUGGUUGUGGACAUGGACGUGGACGUGGACGUGGACGUGGACGUGGACAUGGACGUGGACGUGGACGUGGACGUGGACAUGGACGUGGACGUGGACAUGAACGUGGACAUGGACAUGGACGUGGACGUGGACGUGGACGUGGACAUGGACGUUGACGUGGACGUGGACAUGGACAUGGACGUGGACGUGGACGUGGACGUGGAGGACUUGGACGUGGACAUGGAAGUGGACGUGGACGUGGACGUGGACAUGGAUGUGGACGUGGACGUGGACAUGGACGUGGACAUGGACGUGGACGUGGACAUGGACGUGGACGUGGACGUGGACGUGGAGGACUUGGACGUGGACAUGGACGUGGACGUGGACGUGGACGUGGACGUGGACAUGGACGUGGACAUGGACGUGGACGUGGACGUGGACGUGGACGUCGACAUGGACGUGGACAUGGACGUCGACGUAGACAUGGACGUGGACGUGGACAUGGACAUGGAUGUGGACAUGGACGUGGACGUGGACGUGGACGUGGACAUGGACAUGGACGUGGACGUAGACGUGGACGUGGACGUGAACAUGGACGUGGACAUGGACGUGGACAUGGACGUGGAUGUCGACAUGGACGUGGAAGUGGACGUGGCACGGAUGUGGACGUGGACGUGGACGUGGAACGUGGACAUGGACGUGGACGUUGACGUGGACAUGGACGUGCACAUGGACGUGGACAUGGACGUGGACAUGGACGUGGUCGUGGACAUGGACGUGGACAUGGACAUGGACGUGGACGUGGACGUGGACGUGGACGUGGACAUGGACGUGGACGUGGACGUGGACGUGGACAUGGACGUGGACUGGACGGACGUGGACAUAGACGUGGACAUGGACGUGGACAUGGACAUGGACGUGGACAUGGACGUGGACGUGGACAUGGACUUGGACUGGACCGUGGAGAUGGACAUGGACGUGGACAUGGACGUGGACAUGCAUGUGGACGUGGACGUGGACGUGGAUGUGGACAUGGACGUAGACGUGGACAUGGACGUGGACAUGGACAUGGACUGGACGUGGUUAUGGACGUGGGACGUGGACGUGGACGUGGACAUGGACGUGGACAUGGACGUGGACGUGGACAUGGACGUGGACGUGGACGUGGACGUGGACGUGGACAUGGACGUGGACGUAGACGUGGACAUGGACGUGGACGUGGACGUGGAGGACUUGGACGUGGACAUGGACGUGGACGUGGAGCGUGGACGUAGACAUGGGACGUGGUACAUGGACGUGGACGUGGACGUGGACGUCGACAUGGACGUGGAUAUGGACGUGGAUGUGGACAUGAGACGUCGACAUGGACGUGGGACGUGGACGUGGAUGUGGACAUGGAUGUGGACAUGGACGUGGACGUGGACGUCGACAUGGACGUGGGACGUGGACGUGGACAUAGACGUGGACAUGGACGUGGACGUGGACGUGGACAUGGACGUGGACGUGGACUGGACAUGGACGUGGACAUGGACGACGUGGACGUGGACAUGGACGUGGACCGUGGACGUGGAGGACUUGGACGUGGACAUGGACGUGGACGUGGACGUGGACGUGGACGUGGACGUGCACGUGGACGUGGACAUGGACUUGGACGUGGAUGUGGACAUGGACGUGGACGUGGACGUGGACGUGGACGUCGACGUGGACGUGGACAUGGAGGCCUUGGACGUGGACAUGGACGUGGACGUGGACGUGGACGUGGACGUGGACGUGGAGGUGGACAUGGACGUGGAUAUGGACGUGGAUGUGGACGUGGACGUGGACAUGGACGUGGACGUGGACGUGGACGAGGACGUGGACGUGGGGACUUUGCUGGACGUCGACAUGGACGUGGACGUGGACGUGGACAUGGACGUGGGACGUGGACGUGGACGUGUACUGGACGUGGACGUGGACGUGGACAUGGACGUGGACGUGGACAUGGACGUGGACAUGGACGUGGACAUGGAUGUGGACAUGGACGUAGACGUGGACAUGGACGUGGACAUGGACGUGGACGUGGACGUGGACGUGGACGUGGACAUGGACGUGGACGUGGACGUGGACAUGGACGUGGACGUGGACGUGGACGUGGACGUGGACGUGGACGUGGACAGGAACUUGGACUGGACAUGGACACGUGGACGUGGACAUGUAGGCUUGGACGUGGACAUGGACGUGGACGUGGACGUGGACAUGAACGUGAACGUGGACAUGGACGUGGACAUGGACGUGGAUGUGGACGUGGACGUGGACAUGGACGUGGAUGUGGACGUGGACGUGGACGUGGGACGUGGAG